UCCAGUGACAGUGAGGCAUAAUUUUGAAGAAUUUACAAACUUUUGUUCGACUCAAAAGUAAUCAAAACAGUCUCCUGUCGAUGAAAAUUUAAUCUUGUUUAAUGUUGUAUCAAAGAUUUGCUCUUUUUUAGUGGCAGUUUAUGGCGAAUUGAAUUAGGAUUGAAUAUUGAGGUUUCUUAACCUAGACUACACAAACCAGGAUUUUCCCGCCGCCGCACAUGGCGGAAGAGCCUGAACUAGAACUAGAAAGCCAGGUCGCCGCAACGCGGACGAAAAUCAACCGGAAAACGCCCAAGAGACUCCGCGAGUUCGAAGGGUGCCGCGCCGCCGAUCCUGCGCCGCCAACAAAGAGAUUCAAAGGAGCACUAUUGGCAGUCCACAAGCCGAGCCACUGCCUGAAGACGGGAGUCGGGAGCUUUCAAUGUGGCGGCGGAAGCCUCCGGUUUCAGCACCGGACGCGGCUGUUCCGGCUCCUCAACCAGCUACUCAGCCGGCACAAUUGGGUGGAGGCGAGCGGCGUGUUGAGCGUCUUGAUCCAAGGCACCAUCAAGGAUCGAUCUCUCUCCGGAAACCGCGCCAAGUAUACGGCUACAUUGGAGCUUCUUAGUGUUAUAAAUGGUGAAAAUCUCAGAUCCAGAAGAAUCCAGAGUGUCUAUGAUCUAUGGAUGAGAAAGAAUGGGUCCUUAAAGUCCUGGUCGACAAAGCAUAAAUUUGCUGUGCAAUUGGAGUUAAUUCUUACUUGUCUGCAACGUGGGAGUAUGAAGGAUGCACAUCAAGCUGCUCUCUGUCUCAAGCAGGAGCGUGGUUUUGAUGGUGACCCUGUUGCAAAUUUGGUUGUUGGCUUGACAUUUUGUCAGCUGUGGUAUUCUGGUCUUCCGAAAGAGUUACAAUUGACAGAGCUUGACUCAUCUGGCUCCUAUUUGCAGUGGGAAAUUCCUACCAAUGACAUUCACAUGCCGUUUGAAUAUUCUAAGGAAGACAAUCCUCAUGAAGCAGGAGGAGCCAACUCAGUCAUACGGUGUGGUUCAAGCACUUCUGUGGCCAUAGAUAAAGAAGUAUCUGAAUACAACAGUAAUCAACAUAAAAAUUUAGACAUUGAGGCCAAAGUGAAAAAGGAAACUUCUUCUUCCAGCCAUGAGCAGCAAGACUUGUGUGAGAAAUCAGCUGAGGCCAAAGUGAAAAAGGAAACUUCUUCCAGCCAUGAGCAGCAAGACUUGUGUGAGAAAUCAGCUGAGGCGAUUGGCAUCAGCGAUUCAUUAUCCAACUAUAGUGGUGACUUGCCUCAAGUCUCUAUUUUCCAAACCCAGGGCCUACCUCCAUGGUUAUUGCCCUUGAAGUUACCAAUUUCUCAUGAAAGUUUGGAGGAUGCAGUGCAUAUGCACAGAAAAUUGCUUAACGAUGACUAUAAUAGUGCAGUAAAACACUUACGUGUUGCUCUUCACUCAACACCACCAGCAAUUGAGGCCCUCCACCUUUUAAUACAGAUGCUGAUUCUUGGAGAUCAAGUUGAUGAGGCCCUUCAUGAACUUGAAACUCUAUUUCAAAGCUCGGAUACAGUACUCCAACUAAGGUUGCAAGCAGGUCUACUGGAGCAUUUUGAUAGUGGAAAUUAUGUGAAGCUAUGUGAAUGCUUUGAGGACAUCUUGAAGAAGGAUCCGACAUGCAGCAUCUCCUUGUCAAGACUUGUGCUCAUGCAUCAGCAUGGAGACUAUGACACACAGAGUUUGGUUGAAAUGAUAGCUUUACACUUAGACGCUUCAUAUGGGACAUGCGACACGUGGCAGGAAUUAGCAUCUUGCUUAUUGAAACUCUCUCAAUGUGAAGGAGACAGAGAGUCGGCCUGCAAUAGUGGCAGCGAUUCUGCCAGUCCGGGCUAUUUGGAUGAUUCCAACCGGAUACCAGAAAUAUUCACCUGUGGUAACUCUGGAAAAAGUUGGAGAUUACGUUCCAGAUGGUGGCUGAAUCGCCACUUCCACGACAGGAUCCUGAUGUCUGAGAUUGCCUCAGGUGAUUUGAAGCUUUUGAGCUACAAAGCAGCUGCAGCUUCACAUAUUUAUGGGCGGCAUUUUAAAUACGUGGUGAAGACAACUGAAACACUCGAGAAACAAAAUGAUAUGGAACUCUAUUCUUUCUUACAGACGCAUCUUCUUAAUUCUGUUGGUUUUUGUACUGUUGAAUCAAGAAGUUGAUAUACAUACAUGUGUGUGUGUGUGUACGUAUCUAUAAUAUAUACAAAAGUAUCAUAUUAAGAUGAUGUAGAAAAUCAUCAUUCACCAAAA